GAAAUUCAUCCAGUACAUCCGCGUAGUGUGUGUGACUAGUGCAGUCACUCAGCGUUACUAGACGUACACAAAACUCAAUGAUAUCUGUUUCGUUUGUAAGGUAUUUUUAAUUCCCUGUUUAUCUAGUUUCAUUUAAACCAUGUCGGACACAUGGAGUCACAUCCAGGCGCACAAAAAGCAGCUGGAUUCCCUGCGAGAGAGGCUGCAGAGGAGAAGAAAAGACCCAACUCAGCUGGGCACUGGUGCAGAGGUUGGAGGUGCUGAGGGUGGAUCUGCGAGGAGCGACAGUCCCGGGCCGGCUCUGCUGAGUCCUCCACAGGUGGAAGAUGAACAGCCUCCCGAUCCAGAACUAGAGAAGAGACUGCUGGGAUACCUGUCCGAACUGAGUCUUUCUCUUCCUACUGAUUCCCUUGCAAUCACCAACCAACUAAACACUUCUGAGUCUGCAGUUUCCCAUGCCUGCAUCCAAAGUCUCCUGCUCAAAUUUUCUGCUCAAGAGCUAAUCGAAGUUCGUCAGCCAUCCAUCGCUGCCUCCUCGUCCUCUUCCUCGUCCACCCUCGUCACUUCUGUCGACCACACCAAACUAUGGGCUAUGAUUGGCAGCGCAGCCCAGCCGCAAAGAACCGCGGUUAAAAGAAAAGGCGAUGACAUCAUUCAUCAAAAAAGAGCCCCAGGCUCCUCCCUUUUGCUUCAACCUCCAUCUUCCCCUCCCAAGAAGUCCUCUAUCUCACUGGCUCCUGCCUCAAACUCCCAGCUUAGCGGAUCCUCUGGGGUCGGAGGGGGCGGGCCUGAGAAAAAAGGGCGGAGCAAUAAAGUGCAAGCUUCUCACCUGGACAUGGAGAUCGAGAGUCUGCUGAGCCAGCAGUCCACUAAGGAACAGCAAAGCAAAAAGGUGAGCCAAGAGAUCCUAGAGCUUUUGAACACCAGUUCAGCGAAGGAGCAGUCGAUCGUGGAGAAGUUUCGCUCGCGCGGCAGAGCUCAAGUACAGGAGUUCUGUGAUUACGGGACUAAAGAGGAGUGUGUGCAGUCGGGGGACACGCCACAGCCCUGCACCAAGUUGCACUUCAGGCGAAUCAUCAACAAACACACAGACGAGAGCCUGGGCGACUGCUCCUUUCUGAAUACUUGUUUCCACAUGGACACUUGUAAAUAUGUGCACUAUGAGAUUGACAGUCCUCCUGAGGCCGAGGGUGAUGCCCUGGUCCUGCAGGCGGGGGCCGCUGAGCUCGGACUGCACUCCUCCGAGGAAGACAGCAACGUCGGCAAGCUGUUCCCUUCACAGUGGAUUUGCUGUGACAUCCGUUAUCUGGAUGUGUCCAUCCUGGGGAAGUUUGCAGUGGUGAUGGCCGACCCGCCGUGGGACAUUCACAUGGAGCUUCCCUACGGCACGCUCACAGACGACGAGAUGAGGAAACUCAACAUUCCUAUGCUGCAGGAUGACGGUUUCCUCUUCCUCUGGAUGACAGGAAGAGCUAUGGAGCUGGGCAGAGAGUGUCUGAGCUUAUGGGGCUAUGAGCGUGUGGACGAGAUUAUCUGGGUGAAGACUAACCAGCUUCAGAGGAUCAUUCGUACCGGAAGGACUGGACAUUGGCUGAAUCACGGCAAAGAGCAUUGCUUGGUGGGAGUAAAAGGAAACCCUCAAGGUUUUAACAGAGGUCUUGAUUGCGAUGUCAUAGUGGCAGAGGUCCGCUCCACAAGUCAUAAACCAGAUGAAAUCUAUGGAAUGAUUGAGCGUUUGUCUCCGGGCACAAGAAAGAUUGAAUUGUUUGGUAGACCACACAAUGUGCAGCCAAACUGGGUAACUCUUGGUAACCAGUUGGACGGUAUUCACCUUUUAGACCCUGAAGUAGUGGCACGUUUUAAAAAGCGCUACCCUGACGGGGUCAUUGGCAAACCUAAAAACAUGUGAGGAGUGGACUAGCGAGAGAAGUACGGCUGCUGAUGAACUCAAGACUGAAAGGAAGAGACUUUUGUACCACUUUGCUUUUUUCAAUAAAAAUGCUGAAGCACA